GUUUUUCAUUUUCAGAUUUAUAAUCGCUUAGAUACAAACUGCUGUGGAUUCAGACCUCGCAAGGAAGAUACCUGUGUACAGAAUGGAUUGAGACCAAAAUGUGACGACCAAGGUUCCACAGCUCUAGCACACAUUAUCCAGAGAAAGCAUGACCCAAGGCAUUUGGUCUUUAUAGACAAUAAGGGUUUCUUUGACAGAAGCGAAGACAAUUUAAACUUCAAAUUAUUAGAAGGCAUCAAAGAGUUUCCCAAAUCUGCGGUUUCUGUUUUGAAGAGCCAGCACUUACGGCAGAAACUCCUUCAGUCUCUGUUUCUUGAUAAAGUUUACUGGGAAAGUCAAGGAGGUAGACAAGGAAUUGAAAAGCUUAUCGAUGUAAUAGAACAGAGAGCCAAAAUUCUUAUCACCUACAUCAAUGCACAUGGGGCCAAAGUAUUACCUAUGAAUGAAUAACAAAAGGAUAUAUUGGCCAGACUGCUGGAUAUAUUUAUGCCUUUUUGUUUUUGUUUUUAAAUCAAGUACAUUGAUCUCAAGUCCUUUUAGGAAUGAAGCAAUGUAGAUGAAUAUAUGAAAUAAGUGAAUUUGACCAAAUAGAUAUGAUGGGCCUGAGCAACAUAUGCAGAUUUUUAGAAGGUUUUAAAAAACAUAAUGCUCAAAAAAUUUUGUUUAUAUUUUUCUCUAACUUCAUGUGGGUGUCAACAUCUGAUUACAGAAUAGUUCCAGUUAUUGUUCUAACUAGCUUUUAAAAACAUUUGUCAUGUUGUUUAAUAGAACAGUAUAAACUAUUCCAUUGUUAAACCAUAUUUUAUACCAUUUUGACUGGUCUGACCAAAUAAUAACAAGACUGGGUUCUUGACUUUUUCUGUUGCUGAUUGUUAAAACAGAGCAGUCCCAAUACUACCCAGAGGCAACUCUACAUUGAAAAACUGAGACACAUAAUCUACAAAAGUAUCAGAGCCUAGAGUAGAUUAUAAAUGGAAAUAGUGGUUUAUUUUCAAACUCAGCAGUAUAUUUUCUAUUGUAUCUAUAAACAGUCAUCUGAGCAGUAAGAAUCAUAUUUUCCAUUCCUUUUGAGAAAUUUAUCUUGCUGUUAGUAUAGAAACCAU